AUGUUAGCUUUAUCAAAUAUCACUUAUUCACGUUUACUGGUUCGUCAUCAUUGGCUUGUCCUUGGUUCAGUUGUUUUCAUUUCAAUUCUAUUGACAAUUGCUGGGUUCGUUUUCACAGAGCUACCAGAUUUUUCUGAUCCAAGACUAGGAUGGGGUGCACGUGGAAAAGGUACAAUUUUUUCUCAAUUGAUGGUUUUACGGCACGCAUCAGAAAGAUUUCGACUUGCCUAUGAAUUACCAUUAGAAACCUAUGAGUUAUUUGGUGCAUUUAAUCAAUUUUCUAAUUUAACUGUCGAAGAUUUGGAUGAAAAUUCCUAUCGUUUUGAUGCACUUUCGAAAUAUGAUUUAUGGCGAAAGAAAAAUCCAACAAAACAAUAUGAUGAAUUAAUCGAUUAUAAUAAUUUACAUAAUGAUUUUUAUGACAAUGAUAUUGAUGACAAUGAAAUGCCACAUUACGAUGAAGACAAUGCUCAAUCUCCAUUACUCUACCAAUGGCAUCGUGAUAGGCAUUUUGAUCUUAACAAUUCAAUUAUUAAAUAUGUUGAUGAUAAAAUGAUUAAUACAACUGUAUUUGAUUUCGUUAAAAAUUUACCACAAUUCAAUCGAAGCAAUUAUCAAUCAGCUAGAUUACCGUUUGAUCUUUUCCGACCAUACGCAUACCUACUAGAAGAAAAAUAUCGAGGACGAACAGGUCGAGAUGGCAUGAUUGAAUUUUAUAUUGGCCGUGCAAAACCGACAGAAGAUUUACUUUCACUGGAGCAUUUACAAUCAAUAUGUCAAUGGGAGAAAAAAUUCAAACAUCUUCUCUCACUUGAUCAUGUGCCUAGUCUUUCAUUAGCUACAUUUGUUGCAUUAUACUCAUCAAAAACAGAUUGUCAAUUCAUAACCUUCAAUGAUGUUGUUCGUUUUCGUUCAAUACUUCAUACAUGCCUACCAUACUACGUCAACGGCUAUAUGGAUAUACCGUUGAGUGAUACAUUUCUCAAUCGUGUUAUAUUACAACAUCAACCGGGUCAGUUUACUCAUCAAGAACAAGUUAAAGCUGUUUAUACUGCCUUACGUCACACUUGUUUUUAUAAAAAUAUAACACGCUUUGUAUUUGAUCAUUUUACCGAUAAAAAAUUUAUUAAUGAUUUUCAACAAUCAAAAAAUAAUUCCAAAGUAUCAUUAUCAAUGAUAUUCAUAUCAAAUUAUAAAAGUAUAAAAUAUAAUCGUACACGCGAUCAAGUAAUGUGUUUAAGACGACAGCCAUAUUCAAGAAAAUAUUGUGAAGAACGUGGUUGUAAAAAUGAUUUUAAAAAUAAUUUUCUUUCAAAAUCAUGCUCAAAUCAAGGAUAUACAACUAAUGAUUGUUUUAAAUAUUGUGAAUGUAAAUAUCAAUGCCCAAAUGAAACUGAAGAAGUUGUUUUAAUGACACCAAUUUAUAAAGGACAAGAAUUAGUUGAUUUAUUUGAAAAAUAUUUUGCCGGUAAAAGACAAUUAUUAUCAUAUCAAGAUGACUUUGUAAAAUUGAUUGCCUUAAAUUUUGCUAAUAUUCGAGAGCGAGCAGCCAUGGCAAGAAUAUCCGAAGAUAUGCUACUUGUUUUAAUCGCCACAGCAUUAAUUAUUGGUAUAACAGUGCUUUAUUUACGAAGUGUUUCAAUAGCUUUAAUUAUUGUUGUUGGCGCAGCUUUAUCGAUUGGUGUGAGUUUUUUCAUUUAUCGUGUUCUUUAUCGGAUACCGAUAUUUCCAUUCAUGAAUCUAAUGUCAGCAUUUAUAUUAAUUGGCAUUGGUUGCGAUGAUAUAUUUGUGUUUUUCGAUACAUGGGACCAAGAAAAAGUUGAAUGGCUAAGAAAAUAUCAAGAUAGACAACAGAGUGAUGUAAACAUUCCCUUAAAUGAGAUAAAUGAUGAAAAACAAACAAAAAGCAAAAGAUUAAAAGUGUCAUCAAAUGCAUUUCAAGCACGUCAUAGAUUAUCGUUAUUUAAUGAUCCAGAAGAAUUGAGAAAAUUAUUAUUAAGUGAAGAAGCGUUAACAGAAAUCAUGGCUCAAACAUUAAAACAUGCUGCAUCGUCUAUGUUUGUUACAUCGUUUACAACAUCAGCUGCUUUCUUUACAAAUAUGUUAACAAAUAUUUCAUUUAUACAAGUUUUCGGCGUUUUUACUGGAACAUGUAUUUUACUGUAUUUUGUUAUAACCGUUACGGCUAUUGCAGCAUUUGCUGUUAUUUAUGAAAAAUAUAUUCAAAAUAUUGUAUCACGUAUACUUCCAAUACGUUUGACCACGGUUGUUGACACAUCAUCAAGCGGUUCAUCAGCAAAAUUAUGUCGUCGUCUAGCAAGUAUUUGUCGAGACAUUCGAAAUUACAUUUUCGGCCAUUUUAUGCCACAUGUUAUAAUUAAUUUACGUUAUCUACUAGUCUUACUAUUUUUACCUAUGGGUGUCUUAGGCCUUGUUGGUGUUUUUCAUUAUCCUAAAUUGCAAGUUCCAUCAACACAAAAAGUUGCAUUCUUUUUAAAAGACAAUCCAAUGGAAAUCUAUGAGUUUUCAAUGAAAAAUAAUUUUAAUGGUUAUUCAAGAGAAGAAAAACGUUUAUUUGCAUAUCCAGCUGUAUCAUUUAUAUUUGGCAUACGUGAUAUUGAUGAUGGAUAUAUAUUUGAUAUGAAUGAUCGUGGUCAUCUUCAUUUAAUGCCACUUUAUUUAGAACGUCAAAUAACAUUAGAAUUUUUCAAAAGUUUUGUAUCACAUUUAGGAACACGAGCUGAUUUAUUUGGUUCGAAUUAUGAUUUAGAAAAAGAUUUCGAAACAUUCUAUCAACUUUCAACAGAAGAUAUUUUACUUGCUAAAAUAGCAGAUGAUAAUGCUAAGCAGAAUGUAUCGGCAACAAAUCAUGUUGAUAUGAUUACAUAUUUAGCUAAAAUAAAUACAAGUUUAAUCAAUAAUUUAGUUCGUGAUACUGUAAAAACAAUCGAUUAUAAAAUUGACAAUGAUCAAUCAGAUGAUGAUUAUUUUAUUGAUGCUAGAUUUGGUAAAAUUAAUAAAACCUUAAGUAAAAUUUGUCGGAAACAAUUAAAUGAUGUAACAAAUCCAAUUCUUAUUUAUUCAAAUUAUAGAAAAUUAUUCAAUAAAACUUUAGAAAAAUAUUAUAAAGAUCAGCUCAAACGUAGUUACAAUAUAAAUGAUAUGCGUAGUUCUAUUAAUGAAACUAUACGUGAUAAACUUACUGAAGAUUAUCAUCGUUCUGCAUUAAAAACGGCUAUGCAAUGUUUAACUGGUGCAGCAGGUGCUAAUAAUGUACCAGCAGAUUUUUGUGAAAGACAAGUUAACAAGCAACGCUCGGUUAAUUGGGCAGUUUUGCCCGAUAAACCAUCGCCUGUUGAUGGAAGUGUUCGACCAUUUGCUGUUAUCAUUACUAUUCGGGGUACACUCAAUCAAACUGAUUAUGAUUCAUACAAUACCUAUUAUUUCAAAGUGAAAAAUUUCUUUGAUCCCUACAUUAAAUAUCAAGCGCCAAAGCAUUUACAACAUGCAUGGUUUUCUUCGCCUGGUUUUGCAUUUUAUGGAGUUCAACGUGAAUUACUUGUUGGCUCUUAUUCUUCUCUUAUUGCAUCACUUGGCAUUGCCUUGCUCGUACUUUUUCUUACGUCGGGCAAUUUAUUUAUUGCAGUCUAUGCUUUACUUACAAUUAGUUUUGCUAUAGCCGUUACUGUUGCAAUAUUUGCUUCAUUAAAAUGGGAAUUAGGAAUAGUUGAAGCUAUUAUUCUAAUUAUGUCUGUUGGCCUUUCAGUAGAUUUCGUUGUUCAUUUCGGUGUUGGUUAUAUUCAUACAGAUUCUACAGAUAUUGAUCGUGAAAGAAAAAGAAUCAAACAACAUUAUAUAUCAUCUAUAUCGAUAUCAGCAGAAUCUUCUGACAAUGUUGAAAUAGAAUCUCGUUCCAGAUUUAGUACAUAUCUAUUGUUAUAUAAGCAACAUCAAAUUGAGCGUGAAACACGUGUAACUGAAUCUAUAUCUCGUGUGGGUUCAGCUGUAUUUAUGGCUGCAUUUACAACUUUCGCUGCUGGAUUUUCAAUGACACUAUCAUCGCUUACAUCAUUUCGACAAAUGGGGCAAUUUUUAAUGACAAUUAUGCUCACCUCAUGGGUAUUUUCGAUGUUUUUCUUUUUGCCGUUGUGUGCUAUAAUUGGUCCUGUUGGUAAAUGUGGCUCAAUACCAUUUACGCGCAUCGGUGAAUAUUUAAAACGAUGUUUAUCAUUUCGUCGUCAUCGUGCUAAUUCAAACGAUCUUAAUAUCGGAUGA